GAUUGGUGAAUAGAAGUGGGCGGUGACUAUAGUUUCCGGAAGAAAGAGGUCCAUGAACUGUAAGCCGCUGAAAGCAGAACAGUAAGUUCCGAAAAUCAUAAAGCUGCUGGAGUCCAAUUUCCUAAAAUGUCUGCAAGAAAUCCCGGAAUUCCACUUGAUCUGGAGUGGGUGUCCAAGGUGCGUGUCAACACCCAGGCUGUCCUCAAGAGGGCCCAGCAGAUCCCAGGACGGAACAAGAACAAGAAACAGUGGCAGGCGGCCUGGCUGUUGCGCGCGGUGACCUGUAUCGACCUUACAACCCUGGCCGGCGACGACACGCCCGGCAACGUCCACCGGCUGUGCAUGAAAGCCAGCCAGCCCGUACGCGCCGACCUCCUGCAAAGCAUGGACAUGCAUGACAAAGGUCUGACCACCGCUGCUGUCUGUGUGUAUCCGUCUCGUGUGGCCGACGCCGUCAAGACGCUGAAGGCAGCCAACUCCAGGCUGCCGGUGGCCUCAGUGGCAACAGGUUUCCCAGCAGGCCAGACCCCCCUGAAGACGAGGCUGGAGGAGGUGCGCCUGGCCGUCCAGGAUGGAGCUGCGGAGAUCGACAUUGUCAUCAACAGGACUCUGGCCCUGACCGGGCAGUGGGAAGCCAUGUAUGCUGAAAUCUGUCAGUUCCGAGAGGCGUGUGGCGAAGCCCACAUGAAGUCCAUCCUGGCUGUAGGAGAGCUGGGGACCUUCACUAACGUCUACAAGGCCAGCCUGGUGGCCAUGAUGGCAGGGUCAGACUUCAUCAAGACGUCAACAGGGAAGGAGCCUGUCAAUGCUACCUACCCUGUGGCCAUUGUGAUGGUCCGAGCCAUCCGGGACUAUUUCCUGAGGACUGGACAUAAGGUUGGUUUUAAGCCGGCGGGGGGCAUCCGUACAGCCAAGGAGUCACUGGUUUGGCUGACUCUGAUGAAAGAAGAGCUGGGAGACGAAUGGCUGAGACCUCACUUGUUCAGGCUGGGGGCUAGCAGUCUACUGGCUGAUAUAGAGAGACAGAUAUACCAUUACGUGACUGGCCACUAUGCAGCCUAUCACGAGAUGCCAAUGGCCUGAACCCUCGGUAACCUAUUAAACAUGCCCAAUUGGAAACCUCAGCCUCACCAAAACAGCCUAUUACACAUGACUCACACAAUGUUACUGAACUUCUUCAUGUUGUCAUUUUAGAUGACCAAAACAAGUGAUGGAAAUGAAUUGAGUUGCCAUUUUACAUUCACAGUGGUGUGGGUGGACUCCUGCAGCUGUUUUUGUUUUAAUACUCCUGGGCCUUAAUUGUUUAAUAUUAUACUAGGAACAAUGUAGAAGUGAAUUUUGAUGAUGGAUAACAUGUUUAAGGAAAUUACAGAAAUUAAAAGUUGUUUUAAAUUGCAGCAAAUUAAUUUAUAUAUAAUAUAAUCAUGCACAAUAUAUUUCUGUCUCAGUGAAUUACUCUACUAUUUUUAAAAUAGACAAUUAGUGUCCUGGAUUCUGGUUAGCUGAAAAAAGCUGGGUUAUCAGAUAAUAUACAGUGCCUUGCAAAAGUAUUCUGACACCUGACCAAUGCUCUUAAAUAAUACUGAAAUUGUAAUAACAUUUUCUUAAAUAUAUUUUCAGAUCUAGAACACAGCAGCACAUAUCUCAAUAUCACUAGUUGGUCAAGCAUAACAAUCAAUAUGACCCUGAUUCAGACCGUAUCACUAGCAAUAUGACCCUUUGUCUGAUGGUAUCACAGGCAACAAAUGUUCCCCAUCCAUCUAGUUGGAUUGGUGACCAGCUCUUUUUAACUCUUACCAUAUAUUCUCAAUUGGUCUGGGGUUUUAGUGGGCCACUCCAGGACAUUGACCUGUUUGCUUAUUCCAGAUUGGUUUUGAAUGUUCAUUGAAUGUCCAUCAUAUUCAUAAUGUAGUUUUUGUUAAUAAUUGUACAAACCAACCUCACAGAGACGUUUUUUAUUUUUCACUUCUAAAUGAUGGACUUUUUUUGUGUUGGUCAGUGGCAAAAGUUUUAAGUGAUUAAAUCGAUUUUGAUUUCAUGUUGUAACUGUAUUAAAUGUGUCCUACUGGGGUGAACUUUUUAGAGCCACUGUAACUUAAUAAUCCUUACAAAAUUGCAUCUCCAGUGACAAGAAUAUAUACAUGUGACACUUGGCUAAAGAAAAUUACCUAAUUUCAUUAGACAG